AUGGUCUCCAUAACCAUCUUGCUGCAAAUGAUCCUGGAGGUGUUGCACAUGAUGAUCAGCAGCACAGAAGCUUUGAUUGAGGUGCUUACACAGUACCUUCAUCUUUCUAGGAGGAGGAGGGAGAGGAGGAGGAGAACAGACCUGCAGGCUUUGAGCCAUGCACCCUCCAGGUACAACCGGAGGGCAUCCAUCAGGGCAUGGGCUCCAGUCAUUGCUGCCCAUACAGUCCCACGACGCUGGUGGGUGAAAGACAGGAGUGAGGACUGGUGGGACAACACGGUGAUGGCCACAUGGAUCGAUGAGGACUGGCUCAAGAAUUUCAGGAUGUCCAGGGCAACCUUCUUUGAGCUAGCUGGCACCCUGAGGCACCGUCUGGAGCGGCAGAACACACGGAUUAGGCCAUCCAUUCCGGUGGAGAAAAGACUGGCCAUCACCCUGUGGUACCUGGCAAACCAGGAAUAUUUCCGGAACCUCAGGCAUCAGUUCGGGGUGGGCCUGUCAACGGCGUUUAUUAUCAUGAAGGAGGGGUGCCGAGCAAUUCUAGAGGAGCUGUUCAAAAAGAAGGUCUGCCUUCCAAAUGAAGUUGGAUCAAUAAUGGAUGGAUUCGCCAGGAUGGGCUUUCCAAACUGCAUCGGUGCACUGGAUGGGAGCCACAUACCAGUUGCUCCCCCGGCUCAACGGGCACACAUAUAUAAAAACAGAAAAGGUGGUCACUCCAUCCUUCUGCAGGGAGCUGUGGACCACAGAGGUCGAUUCAUUGAUGCGGAGAUUGGCAAGUCUGGCAGGAACCAUGACUCCAGCGUUUUCCGUUCUUCUAAACUUUGCAGGGCAAUGGAUGGUGGGGUGUUUGUCCCUGGGAACCCCACCAUCACUGUGAAUGGUGUAACAAUCCCUCCUCUGAUGUUGGCCGAUGGGGGUUAUCCCAUCAGAGGGUGGCUCAUGACACCCUUCAGAAGCCCCACUGCCCAUAUGGAGAAAGUUUUUAACAAGCGGCACGCAAAAGCACGUGUUGUGGUAGAGCGGGCGUUUGGUAGACUAAAAUCCAGAUGGAGUUGCCUUACUAAAAGACUGCGAGUCAAGGAGGAGGACUUUACCCCCAUCACUGCGGCCUGUGUGGUGCUCCACAAUAUUUGUGAGGAAAAGGGACACCUGGCAGAGUCCCUGGGGGCAGGGGACAUUCCAUUAUUACCUGUACCCCCUCCAGAUGUCCUGUCUGAUCGUAGACACAAAACACGGGGUGAAAGGGUGCGGGCUGCAUUAAUGACUGUGGUGUGUAACGAGGAAUAA